AUGGGGCGACGCGGCCCGCGCGCCGCCCUCCUGGAGGCCGCCCUUCUCCUCGCCGAGCAGGUUCGGACCAGGCCUGUGGCGGUGAGGGACUACUACGACGUGCUCGGUGUGAGGAAGGACGCCGGCCAGGGCGAGAUCAAGAAGGCGUAUUACGCGCUUGCGAAGAAGCUCCAUCCAGAUACAAAUAAAGGCGAUGCCGAUGCAGAAAAAAAGUUUCAAGAGGUUCAGAAAGCUUAUGAGACUUUGAAGGAUGAAGAAAAAAAAGCGGUCUAUGAUCAGGUUGGCCCUGAUCAAUAUGAGAGGGCUGCUGCUGGAGGUGGUGGAGCUGGCGGAUUCGAAGGGGGUUUUGGAAAUCCUUUUGAGGAUAUUUUCAACGCUGGUCGUACUGGCGGAAUGAAUGAUUUCCUCCGGAACAUCUUCAAAGAUAGAGAAUCUGGUGGACAGGACGUUAAGGUUAAGCUUGAGUUGUCAUUUAUGGAAGCAGUUGAAGGAUGCAAAAAGACAAUCAACUUCCAGACUUUAGUAACAUGCGAAACCUGCAAUGGUUCUGCAAACUGGUCCCUUCAGAAUGCAAUCAACAUGCACGCAGUGUGGUGGAUCUGGCAAGACUGUAAAGAUGACCAGAAUAAAUGGAAUGAGCAAAUAUCUGCUUACUUUUUGGAUUUCUGCAAGUCGUGCAGGGGGAAGAAGGUUGUGCCAGGAAUAAAAACAGUCUCUAUUGAUAUAGCACCUGGUACGGAUGAUGAGGAUGUCAUGAAAGUGCUUAGAUCAGGUCAAGCAGAUCCAGACGGUCUUCGUGCUGGUGACCUUUAUGUAGCCAUUAAGGUUCGUGAGGAUCCAGUAUUCCGGAGAGAGAAAGGUGAUAUCCAUGUAGAUGCUGUCUUAAAUGUGACUCAGGCAAUUCUGGGAGGUACUGUUCAAGUGCCAACUCUCGCUGGAGAUGUUGUUCUAAAGGUUAAGCCUGGUACUCAACCUGGUCAGAAGGUUGUUCUGAGAGGAAAAGGAAUCAAGACGAGAAACUCGUAUUCAUAUGGAGACCAAUAUGUCCAUUUCAAUGUCAAAAUCCCUGUGAAUUUGACGCAGAAACAGCGCAUGCUUCUUGAGGAGUUCGAGAAGGAAGAGAAGGGCGAGGACGACAAGGAUGCGGAAAAGGCUGCUGGUGCAUCAGGAUAG